AGUUUAUAUACCCCGACAAAAAACCGAAUUUGUUCUGGUAUUACAUGCAUUACUGGGUAAUACCAUAGYUAGUAGAGGGAGAUAAUACAACCCUACUAUUCAACAGGAACCAAAAUUGACUUUAUUUGGAGGUAAGGGAACAUUGGAGUUCGUCGUAGGACGAUAGUGGACAAUGUACUCGCCUUUAGAUGAAACUAUGGCGAAUUUAAUGCAAGAAAGUUCAGSAAUUAGUUCGUUCUACAGUGAAGAUGCCAAGCGUAAGCUGAUUUCCUCUUUGGUACAACUGGAAAAGAAAAAGCUCAAGCAAGAGAUGGCCGUAAAUGAACGUGAAACAAUUCGCAGUGUUGAACAACUACUGCUUUGUCCUAUCUGUAACGCUGUUUCAAUUGAACCUAUUACUCUUCCUUGUGGACAUACAUUUUGUAAUUUCUGUAUUCGAGACGAGUUCUCCAGUGCAUUCUGUUUCGUUUGUCAAUCUGGUGGCACAGAAGAAACUAAAGCUCUAAACUUUCUGUUAUGUAACAUCUCUUCAAAAUUGUUCCCUAAACAAGCUCAGUUGCACAGCAUAAAAACUACAGCACAGAAAUUGAUACUACAGGGUGACUUCCWAGAAGGUUUGAAUCAACUCGAUAMAGUUCAAGAYGUUAGSAUGAAAUUGGAUUCGAAUUAUUAUUGCCUGCGAGGUAUUUGUAACACUGGGCUAGGAAAUCUAAAUUUGGCUGUACAAGAUAUUGAAACUGCAUCGGAACUGAGCCCUUUYGCAGUCCACAUUUUGUACAGGAAAGCCCGUAUCUUAGUGAAAUCUGRUGAUAAUUUAAAAGCUCUUUCAGUAUAUAUUCGUCUAUCCGCUCUUCUACCUCAAAACACAGAAUUACAACGUGAGCUUGAGACAAGUUUACUUCACUUAGUUGGCUUCACCAGUUUGAAAGAAACAUUGCGACAGGGCUUCCCAAACUCAUUUAAAAAUCCUGGUCUUUCAGGAGAACAUUUUGUUGAGAAACGGCUACUUCUAAAUGAACAGGAUUCGGCUACAUGUUCUUCAGAAGGCAUCGGAAUGAGAGACAGAUUAACAACAGGGGCACAAAGUAAUGGUUGCCCUGAGAAGGAAGUGCCCAAGACAUUACAAUUCAGUGAGAACCAGUCUUUAACACAGAUCUUUGCGGAUGAAUUUGAUUGUAAAUUAUGCUGUUCACUUUUAUACAAGCCUGUCUCAAGUCCUUGUGGACAUACAUUUUGCGACGAAUGUCUUCGUCGUAGUUUAGAUUUCCGAGUGGAUUGUCCGUGCUGUAGAACGCCUUUGACUAAAUAUCUGGCUGAGAGGCGAACUAAUGUCACUAUUGUUAUUGAGAAUAUCAUCAAAGCCGUCUUCCCUCAAGAAUAUCGGACUAGGAAAGAAAGUUUUGAAAAAGAAAUGGAAUCCAUGCAAAGUGUUGGUAAAAGCCCAGAGUUUGAAGUCCCCAUAUUUGUUUGUACUCUUGCAUUCCCAUCAGUCCCUUGUCCUCUACACAUCUUUGAACCACGUUACAAACUAAUGAUCAGAAGAUGCAUUGAAUCUGGUUCAAGACAGUUUGGCAUGUGCGCACCAAGUUCCAAUGACAACCAACCAUAUGCCGACAUAGGAACAAUGCUGAAGAUCAGUGAUGUUGCAUAUCUUCCAGAUGGUCGCUCUCUUAUCAACACYGAGGGAGUCAGGCGAUUUCAAGUCAUCUCARSUGAAAUGAGAGAUGGCUACAAUGUGGCCAAAGUGAAAUGGCUGGAUGAUGACAAGGUAGAGUCAGAAGAAGAAGAGGAAAUCAUGAAACUUCAUGUCAAUGGCUACAAGUUGCUUAAGUUUUGGUUCAAUAAUUUAUCAAAUGAACAAAGGGAAUGUAUUGUUAAUGCUAUUGGUGAUAUUCCUGCGCCUGAAGACUUACAGAGCAUGUCAAGUGACCAGCCAUCUUGGCUAUGGUGGGCACUAGCAGCAUCACCACUAAUGGACAAUCCAAAGUUGAUAAUACUCUCAAUGCCAUCUGUGUUAGAGAGACUCAGAAGUAUGUGGAGAUUUUUGAUGCUGAUGAUUAAAAUGCAACGGAAAAAUGCUGCAAAGGAAAAUUGAACUUUAUUCAACUUAAYUUAUGAGAAUUUUUAGAAUUAUGGAUUUYUAUUGUUUUGGAUUUCAGAAAGUCCUUACCAGCAAAUAAUUUACYUAUUUAUUAGUUCAAUACCUACUUUUAGUGUUGCCAUAAAGAGCAUUUGUAUUUUGGUGAGAAAUCAUGCCCUAGUGUUUUCAUUUCUCACUUAAAAAAUGGAAUAGCAUUUGAAUAGCAAGGAGAAAAUAAUGAUAUCAUACUUGCUUAUAGUUCUGUUUUAAAUAAUCUUGUGCUUUUGGCUAUACUCAKUUCUUGCCAGGAUAUGAACAACAURUCCAAACUAAAACUAUUUUCUAAUCAAARGAACACAAAAAUCCUGCAAAAACAACAUAAGAUGACUGCUUCAAGAUUAGACUAUAUGAAGUGUAAAUGAAAUYGUAAAUGUCAGUUGAACCUYAUGUUGUUUUGCUUAGAUUUUUAUGAGGACUUCAAGAGGCCCUAUGUAGGUUUCUUGCUUUAUUUUCCAACUAGCCUGUUGCCUAUAACUUUUCAAAUUCAGCAGAAGGUUAGGGGUUUUUACAGCUUAUUAGUGUCUAAGGAGAGACAAAUGUCAAUGUGGAUAUUKGACUACCAACUGGUUUUCAACCAAUUAAAACUGUAGUAUAUAGUAGUCAGCACUUUUCUUGGAUUAAAUAAGAUAGAAUUAUGCUUAAAGCCUGACAUUGGGCUUGUCAAUAUUAACACAAAAAAUGUAGGAAAUUCUAUGAAAAUAUUCAAUAAAAAGCAUAACAAUGUA